GUGACCUAUCUCCAGCCUCUUGUAGUAUCUCUGGCCCUCCCCACAGUCCUGCCGUUGCUGUUGAAGUUACCAUUAGCGACUGGCCAGCGCCCGGCUGAGCACCUUCAACCGCUGUGGAUGUGGUCCUGGUGAAUACAAUACAGUGAGAUCUCCUUGACUUCCAGACACAGUGAAAGCCUUGGCAGACAAGUUAAUCCUAAACUGUUGGGAUGUCGAUGAGGCUGGCCAUGGUUAACACAUAAGGUUGCAGUGGAGUGGCGCUGCCAUGUUGCCAGGAGUCGGUGUAUUCGGCACGGGCAGCACAGCCCGGGUGCUGGUGCCGUUGUUGAAAGCUGAAGGCUUUGAGGUUCAUGCACUCUGGGGGCGAAGCGAAGAGGAGGCAUGCUGCUUGGCAAAGGAGCUGGGCAUCCCAUUUCACACCAGCCGAUCUGAUGACGUCCUGCUGCACCAAGAUGUCGACCUUGUUUGCAUCUAUAUUCCACCCUCAAUGACACGACAGAUUGCUGUCAAAGCACUGGGUAUAGGUAAAAAUGUUGUGUGUGAGAAAGCUGCCACUGCUGUGGAUUCAUUCAAGAUGGUGACUGCAGCCAGAUACUACCCACAGCUGCUUAGCAUUAUGGGUAAUACCUUGCGCUUCCUGCCAGCUUUUAUGGCAAUGCGCCAGCUGCUGGUGGAGGGAUAUGUUGGCGAAAUGCAGGUGUGCGAUGUCCGAGUCUACGGCCCCAGCCUCCUGGAUCAGUCGUACGGCUGGACGUGUGAGGAGCUGAUGGGAGGAGGUGGUCUGCACACUGUCGGCUCUUCCAUCAUUGACCUUUUAAGUUACCUAACUGGUGCACGAGCCCAUCGUGUUCAUGGCUUACUGCGGACCUUUGUACAACAAAAUGGUUUGAUCCGAGGCAUCCGCCGCGUCACCAGCGAUGAUUUUUGCUUCUUCCAAAUGUUGAUGAGUGGAACUGGCUCUAGCCCUGGUGGCGUGUGUUGCACUGUGACCCUGAACUUCAACAUGCCAGGGUCAUUUGUGCACGAGGUUAUGGUAGUUGGAUCCACUGGGAGACUGGUUGCCAGGGGGACAGAGCUGUAUGGUCAACGCAAUGGGAGUAAAGGUGAGGAGCUGUUGUUAGGUGACAGUGGGUGGGUGGGACCAGAGGUGAAAGAGAUGCCCCUGCCUCACCUGCAGGGGCUGAGCUCCAUGGUAAAGGCACUGAGACAGUCUUUUCAGGCUCAUGAGGAGCGCAGGUCAUGGGCGCGAGGACCAGUUGCCAUGGCCCCAACAUUCGAGGAUGGUCUGUAUGUGCAGACAGUAGUCGAGGCGGUGAAACGGUCCAGUUGUAGCGGAGAAUGGGAGUGUGUUGAGAUCAUGAGUCAGGAGCCAGAUCCGAAUCACAAUCUGUGUGAGGCUCUGCAGAGAAAUAAGAACUAAAUAUAUUUAUACACCCAGUGCAACUACUACAUGUGUCUGACAAAACUGGGCUCUGAAUGUUUCUCCUUUCAUUCAGCUGCUGAAGCAGUUUACAUUACUCAUGACUACUUUUGCAUUUUCACAUUCUGUCUCACUUUGAGCAGAAUAUUUUGCUUUUGAAAGCAUAACUGUGCUGUAUAUGUUUUAUACCUUCACAGCUAUGAUUUAUGAUUUGUGUGUACACUAAUUUUUUUUAUAAACAGCUCCAUUAUUCUGAUUCUCAGCAGAAAAUAUUAUAAUAGCUGUGUAAAACUCUACAGGUGCCCAGUUUACAUGUUUAUUACCUGUACCAUGCCAAGAAGUAGAGAGUCUUUACUCUCACUGAAGCUUGAAGUCAUGACUGCAAAUUUCCUGCUAAAUAAGGUUGAUAUUCAGUACGUCACCUGUCAGCAAGGUGCCACACCUAUGUCAAAUAUUGGCCAAGAGCAAAAUUCCAUGGGUGUCAAAAAACAGCCUUUCAGUGGAUGUGUGUCUAUUUCCUUUAUCCACACUUUAUGCAGCAUGUCUGGAUACAUUCCUGUAAACAUGCAGGCACACACAAGCAUAUACUGUUUUUUUUAACCACCCAGUGUAAUGACAUGUCAUGUGUCAGUUUGUGGCAAACCACAAGGUUUGUUGUGCUGUUAGUGAAUUAUUAUUUGCUCAACAGUUGGGUCCCUCUCAAAUUGUCCAAGCUUGGAAUUUAGUAAUAUGGCUCAAAAUAAAAUCCAACUGUAAAGCCAACUGAGAAAACAUUUUAAUCCCCUUCUGUACAAAACAUUUCGAUGUAUUUCGGUGUUAAUUUACCUGCAACAUGAAUAGCACCUUAUUCUGAAAGGAAGUGUUUACCUUGGGCAUGAAUGUGAAUAUCAAAGCAUGAGGAUGAUUUGACUAACAAAACAUUUUUUGUGCAGUGUGGUGACUGGCAGAAUUCAAAUGAAGCUCCACUGGAGCUCAGAAGAAAUUCAGAAUAAGAAUAAUGGAGCUGUGCAGAGUUUAGUUUUAUUUUUUUAACUUUUGGAAUGUGUAAUAAUAAGCAUACAUUUAAAGUUUGCAAAGGGGGCAUGUAGGUUUUUGUGUUGUGACAUGCCGUGGCAUACAUAAGACACCAGGGAUUGAGUAAAAUAAGCUAUGUAGAAAACUGAAUAAUGAAAAGUCUAAUUUGUAGCAUCGCCCCUUAAAAUGCCCAAUUCUUGAAGUGGUAUUUAAUCUUAUAUCUAAGUUUUGAGUGUCACUCACCCUGGACGCUGUUUCUUUCUUCAGAGUUCAUGAGUGCUACAGCGGAUUUCAGUAGUGACAUGAUUUCAUAGUAGAGGGGAAAAGUAUCUAAAUUUCAAACCACUCCUGCGUUGUCCAUAUGUUCAGUAUGUCCAGUCAUCAUUUCAUCAAAAUAUACUUCUUCCAUACAUAUACACUACUGUUAAUAGCUUCAGUGAACGUGAUAGUGCAACACAGAUGCAGUGUUGAUAGUAAUAUUUUGGGUGAAUGUUGGCUGGAACAAAGAACAUAUGGAAGGACAGAGGUGAAGUGGAUUAUAUCUCAGAGAAAGGGAUUUACAGGGAUUGUUUAGCAUCUGUUUCCACUGUGAAACUCACCAAUGAUAAUCUGUUUAACUGUUGUAACUGACUGUGAAGAAGGAAUCUGUCAAUCUUACACAGGAUGAGUAUUUGACGCUCAGAUUAUAGAUUUUAGGUGAGGUAUCACAUUAAAUCUUACAUUAGCAGAAACAGGCUUGUCCUAGAAAUUACAGAUUUGUGACCUUUUAAUUGUUAAGUUGUCAAAAGUUUUAGAUACAAAGCCUGACGGCUUUAACAUCUGUAUUAGUUUAAAAUAUGUGUAAAAGGUUUGUUUACAUGUGUUGAUGAUUGAAAUAAUUUUAUUUGUUUUUAUAAUUUGUUUUCAUGCAAUCUAUGCAUUCAGAGUUAUUCCAGAUGUUUCAGUCCAGAGAGUACACCAUUAUCCUGAAACCUCACUGAUUGUUGAGUAGAACCACUGGAUCUGAUGUAUGCGAGAGUAUAAAUGUGUGCCUCUCUCACUCGCUCAGACCAUGAGAAGGAAGUGUUGAAUAGUUUGCAGUCGUCGUAGUCACUCACUGCAUCUCGCUGUACUGCUUAAUAUCCUGAAUAAUACUGGGCUUUAGCAGGAGAUGAAGACAGAAGCAGUGUGCUGAUAUGAUUUGAUUGGUCUGUUCCCCUCUUAAACCCCCGCAGGAUCUGCAACUACGUACACAUUACACGCUUACCUCACGCUAUCCCAACAGUGCUUUACAAAAACAGUUAAUCAAGUUUACAUUAAGUGUCUUUAUCAAGCGCAUCACAUUUGUCUGCAGGAUGUUCUUUAACUCACCACUACUAAAAUACAUUCCAACCGAGUUUUCACCUUCUUGCUAACGUCUGUUUUAUUUUUUGCACUGAUAAUUGAUAAAAUGCCACAUAUUUAAUAUGUAGUGGGAUGCUUGUACCAGCCAGCUCACUGCAAAAAUGAAUUUAACAUGUCUGUAUAAGGAAGACGUUUUGUAUUUAUUUAUGUCUUGGUGUGGAGAGAGUUCCCCAUUGUUUAUUCUGUUCAGUGUUUGUGUUUUCAGCCUGUGAAUUUCUGUUGAAAUAUUUAUCUUGUUUAGAUUUAGUGUUGUUUUAAUUGAUAAUACAGCUUUUUGAGCACAAUGUGUUGCAUUUAAUUUGGGAAACUGUAGUGUUCAUCUACCUGACAGAUAUUUCCUUAAAUAAAUACAGUUGUAUUC